CGUAAAAGAAAUUAUCGUUCAUUGGCCGAAAAGCAUAUUAAAGUGUUGAGUUUUUAUUUUACAGCUAGGAUAAGAAAUAAAUUAAUGCGCGUAUUUAAUGUGCAGCAGGAGACAACAAACACGUAAAUAUAACACAAAAUACAGGCAACAACGACAGCUGAAGCUACGGCCGUGUAAGACAUGUUGACGCACAAAACUUGCCAGGCACGAAAAAAAAUGCAGGUUUCCUUUGUCAUACGAGACGCGGAAGAAAAACAGCAUAGGAAUGGCGUUAAUGCUCUGCAACUGGAUAGCAACAAUGGCAAACUAUAUUCGGCUGGACGAGAUGCGAUAAUACGUGUCUGGAAUACACGCACCGAAUCCAACGAGAAAUAUAUACAAUCAAUGGAGCAUCACAACGAUUGGGUCAACGAUAUUGUGCUCUGCUGUAAUGGCAGAAAUUUGAUCAGUGCCAGCUGUGAUACAACUGUUAAGGUAUGGAAUGCACACAAGGGCUUUUGUAUGUCCACCUUGCGUACGCACCGAGACUACGUGCAGGCAUUAGCCUAUGCCAAGGAUCGAGAGCAGGUGGCCAGUGCUGGUUUGGAUAAGGCCAUAUUUUUAUGGGAUGUGAAUACAUUAACUGCUUUAACUGCCAGCAACAAUACCGUUACAACCUCUAGUCUAACAGGCUCGAAGGACUCCAUCUACAGCCUGGCCAUGAAUCCCUCCGGCACGGUCAUUGUCAGCGGCUCCACCGAGAACAUAUUAAGAAUCUGGGAUCCACGAACCUGCAUGCGCAGCAUGAAGCUACGCGGUCAUACUGAGAACGUGCGCUGCUUGGUUGUAUCGCCCGAUGGCAAUCAAGUGGUCUCUGGUAGCUCCGAUGGUACCAUCAAAGUAUGGAACUUGGGCCAACAGCGCUGCAUACAGACGAUUCAUGUGCAUAAGGAAGGCGUUUGGUCGCUGCUAAUGAGCGAGAAUUUCCAAUAUAUUAUCUCGGGAAGCAGGGAUCGAAAUAUCAUUGUGACGGAAAUGCGUAAUCCCAGCAAUAAGAUGCUCGUGUGCGAGGAGAAGGCGCCCGUGCUCAGUCUUGGAUAUAAUAUAGACAAAACUGGCGUGUGGGCAACCACCUGGAAUUCUGAUAUACGCUGCUGGAAGCUGCCCAUGUAUGAUCGUUGUGUGCUCAGCUCUGGCGGCAUGGAUGCCCAGUGGACGCUAGGUGGCACGGAAUUGGCCUGCAUUAAGGGCGGAGCUGCUAUUAAGGAGUGUACUGUACUGAAUGACAAGCGCCAUAUCAUAACAAAAGACUCACAGGAUCAGGUCGUGGUCUAUGAUGUAUUGCGUGUUAUCAAAAAAGAGGAACUGGGUGUGGUUGACUACGAGGAGGAGGUAAAGAAGCGGAACAAACAAGUCUACAUUCCAAAUUGGUUUACGGUUGACCUUAAAACUGGCAUGCCUACGAUAGUUUUAGGUCAGGAGGAGGUGGAUUGCUUUGCUGCCUGGGUAUCCAUAGAGGCAGGAUUGCCUGAAUGUGAUGAUCCAACAACUGAGAUAAAGAUAAAUUAUGGAAAAUUACUUUUGGAAGCCUUGCUCGAGUACUGGACGCCACCACAUAGUAUGCCGCCCAAUGAAAUGGAGCCCGACGUACGAGGCAAUGGCUAUUUUCAAGUGCCCAAACACACUCCUGUCAUAUUUAGUGAGGUUGGCGGCCGCACAGUGUGUCGCCUGUUGGUGCGAGAUGCAGCUGGCGAUAGUGAGAGCACGCUGCUGCAUGAGACGGCGCCACAAUGGGUGACAGACGUUGUGAUCGAAAGGAAUAUACCCAAGUUCCUUAAAAUACCCUUCUUCCUGCAGCCACAUCCACAAAUGACCAAACCAGAGCGUACCAAAAAGGAUCGUCUGGUGGCCAAUGAGUUUAUACAAUGCCGCAAGGUGUGCGAGCAUGUGCUUGAAAAGGUGCUCAAUGCGGAAACAACGCCCAGCGCUGGCAAUGCAAAUAAUUCUUUACAAAAUAGUCAAAGCGAUGCCAAUUCUGAAGGCUCACAGCUGCCAGCAGAGGAACGCAUUGAGCUGUGGUGUAACGAUGUGAUCGUUGAUCCGAAUAUGGAUUUGCGAACUGUGCGUCAUUUUAUUUGGAAGCAAUCGACUGAUUUAACAUUUCAAUAUAAAACCAAGCAAAACUUUAACUUUGAUGGUUCAAUCGGUGAUAGCCUGGAGCGUGUGACUCGCAAAUAUUGAGCUACAAAUUUCAGCUACCAGAGUUAUUGUGCUUUAACUAAAGGCGUUGCUUUCCACAGACGCGUGUGAUUUCUAACUUUCUAAUCUGUUUGUUAUUAAAUGGGCCAAAUUUGUCAAGUACGCCUGUUUUUAAUCUGAUGUGAAUUGGAUGAA